AGUUUUCAUCACAUCUUCCCUGUUUGAUUGGUUAGGAAAUGAGACCUAAUGUUUUUAUUCUGCUUAUCAACAGUCACUUCCGGCGGGCUUUUCUCAAAAUCUUAAUGAAAGGAACAUGAAGAAAGCGGUUAUUGAAAGCUGCCAGGGAUCAUGGCAAGUUGGAGUUGCUAGGACUGGGGAUGGAACCCUCUAUUUUGAAGGCGGUUGGGAAGAGUUUGUGAAGUAUCACAACCUGAAAGUCGGAGACUUUCUUGUGUUCAAACACCUAGGCCGCAUGGUUUUCCAUGUCAACGUGUAUGAGCCACUCGGUUGCGAGAAAGCGUUUCCUCCUCCUCCUCCUCCUGCUGCUGCUGCCGCCGCUGCAACAUCAACCUCGAGUCCUCUGUUCUUCCUCAAAAGCAUUUCGGAAACUCAUUCUCUACCCAGCAAGUGUUACGUGACUAUUCCGUCGGAAUUUGUGAAAGCCCAUGGCCUUGGUGACAGAAAGAAAAUGAUCCUCAAAGUUCGGUUUGUUGGAGGAAAAUGGCCGGUGGAACUUGGAACUUGGCAAGGCGGAAGGAGAGGUGCAGCCAUUAGUCUUCGCACCGCAAUAAGAACGAGAGGAUGGUACAAGUUUUACGAGGACAACAGGCUCAAGAUUGGAGAUUGCUGCAAGUUUGUGCUGAAGGAGGUGCCGGAUUCAAAAUCGAAGCCUGUGAUAAUGGAGGUCGACAUAAAACGCAUGGUCCUGGGAUCAUCCAAGGCAGUUGUUAACUUCGAGUGAUUUGGAGAAACAUGACUUAUGUACUCACUUAUAA